CUCCCGGGUCUCCCUCUAAAGAAUCCUAGGAGGAAGAGAGGAAGCGCCGGGAUCGCCAUUGCCGAGUUCUCGUGAAAUGGACAUCGAGGAGAAGCGAAGGCCUCAGCCCUCAGGGCAUGAGGGAGCGGUGUGCCACAAGUGCGGGUGGGUCUUCCCCAACCCCCAUCCCAGCGCCAAGCAGCGUAGGGCCCACCGGAAGCACUGUGGGACCACCGACGGUGCCGCCGUGUCCACGGCCGGAGGUGGUGACGGGAAGAAGGCCUCGGAUGAGGAGCUCUCCGACGAAGACCGACGCAAGAACUCUGUUGAACUGAUGGUGGAGGAUUUGAAGCUAGCGAUUGAAGAGGGGAAAGAAGUAAAAGGUGGCGUAGGAUCUGAUGGAGAAGCCGGAAAUUUGGGUAAAGAUGCGAUCUUGGAGACUAACAAUGCUGAUGAUACUCUGGAACCACAUGUUUUGCUUGACAGCAGCCAAGUUCAUGGUCCUGACAUUCAAUGCAGUGCAAGUCAAUUGGAAAGUGACAAACACUUUGAAAAUCAUGCAUUGUCCUGUAAUGCUGACGUGUCCUCUAGUGCGAAUAUGGAUGCUGCUAACAAACAUACAGAAUGCUAUGAUUCUUCUGUGUUAACCAAAGCAUUCAUGGUUGCUUCUGAAGAGAGACAAGAUUUUGCUAGUGCUCAGUCCACGGUUAAUAACACUAUGAUUGUCAAUGAUAUAAAUGGAGGGACUUAUGCAAAAAAUGAUAUUAAUGGGAAUAUUCCUGUUUCUCCAACCCUACUUGGUAAUCAUGCAAGUGAUUUCUCUACUGUAGACUCACAAUUACAGAAGAUGGAUGCGUGUGUGGAGAUCAAUGUCCCACUAGAUCAUCCCAUGGUAAGCGCUCUGACGAAGGUCUUCUCUGAUCAAGUUUCAGCAAGUAUAAAGGAACCCAAUUCAGAUCCCUGCCAUGCACAGGAUGAACAAACUGACAGAGGUGGACAACUGUCUCAAAAUGAAUUAUUAUCCAAGGCUGGAUCAUGCCUUAUGGAAAAUAAUGAUGGUGAGUACCUGGAUGCUUCUAUUCAUUUUGAUCAAACUGAGUAUCAAAAUGGGAAGCCUGACAAGUGGAAAGUGAAUGGGAAUGAAAUGGAGAAUAUAAAUGCUUUACAAAUGCCAUCAAGCACUCCUCUGGGAGAUUUCAAAGUGAAGCAUGGAUAUUGUGAGGAUUAUGGAUCUGUGGAACCCAACGUAACUGUAAUUUCUGCUGGUUCUGAGGCUGGAAAUGAGCUAAAUUAUCAUCUGGAAGUUGAAGCCCCUGAAAUAGUUCCAGUGGUGGAACCGGACAAAGUUGCCAAUGGCAUCCCUUCAACCAUUCCAGCUCAUGAGAACAAUCCAACUUAUGAGGACACUGUUGGUAUAAAUGCGAUCAAUGAGCUGAAUGAUGACCAAAGUCAUAAGGAUGAGCACGUUAAUGGAGAUAGGUCUACUCUGCUCAAUGAUUUUGAACAUGAAGCUGGGUUAUCUCUGGCAUUGUCUGAAGGUUUUGAAGGGUUAGGAUCAGAUGGACUUGAAACCCAUUCAUGCAUUACAAUUACAGAAACAUCCGGAGUCCAACAAAUAAUUUUAGAUGAUCAAGUUACUGGUUCACAGGAAACAUGUGUUGCAUCAAUCCAAUUAGAGGAGUUUGAAACUGAAUUUCAAUUUGAGGAGCACUCCUACUCAUCAACUGAACUCUUGUUACGUGAUAAUAUGCUGGCUGCAGAAGUCAGUGGUGUUGCAGCAUCUGAUUUUAGUCAAGGUAGUGUAACAACUAAGAUAAGUAAUGAAAUUCAACUUGUUAUUGAUGAAGCAACAAACGUUAGUAAUUAUUGUAGCACAGAGGAGCUGAAACAGGAAAUAUGUGAAGAGGAAAGUUGGCAUUUGACAAAGAUUUAUCCUGAACCAAAAUAUGACACCAGAGAAUCAGAGCCCCUACCUGAUGAGUAUAUUGGAGCAAAUGAACUGGGAAAGGGCAAAGAUUUAAGUGCAUCCACUCUUUUGGAUCAUGUCUUAGGCUUAGAACAUGAUGAAAAAAAUUCCAGACACUUGGAGAAUAAAACUGAAGAUUAUUCAGAUGAACUAGAACACCAAAAAUUUCUUCAACUAGAUUCUACAGAAAAUAUAGUUGGUGAUGACACUGAAGAUCCUGAUAUGAGAAUGAAACUUCAAAAUGAGCACAUCAACACAGCAAAUAGCCUUUUGGAAGAGCUUCAUGAUGAGUUGGAUGACCACAAAGUUCAGACUGAGAAUACGGAAAAUGUAUCUGGAUCUCCGCUGGGACCUCAGAAUGGCUUUCAGGAUGAUUCAAUGGACACUUCAGUUGGUCCUGACAAUAAUUGUUCCAUUCCAGAAACAGGUGUUCAGAUUUCAUGCAUUCAAUCAGAAAAUGGUCUUGCCAAAGUAUCUAGAGAAGAACCAGACUCAAAAGAAAGUAGUGUUCAUUUAUGUAUUCAAAGUGCACAGGAUUUCACACUUGAGGGGCAUGUCUUUUCAACAUCAGUGGAAUCAUCUAUUAAAAAUCCCAUCACCUGCAAUAACUCAGAAAUAGAUGGUAUAUCUGGAGUUGCUUCUGGUGUCUGUUAUCAGUCUCUGCAAGAAGAGCAUGUCCAUGGGGAACCUAAGCAACAGCCCGAUGUCUCAGCAGAUACUAAUGGCCAAACAGAUGGUGUUGAAGAGCUACAGGGCUCUGUUUCAGGUGAAACAGUACCAUCCAUAAGAUACAAAACCAAUGACAUACCCAUCCUUGAUCCACAAAUUCUGUUGCCCACAAAUACCCAGACUCCAAAAGAUCUUUGUGCUUCUAAUGUAGAAGAAGGUGCUCUUCCAGAGAGCGGUGACAUCAACAGUGUUAUUUUCAAGGAACCAUCUUUAAUGACCCAAGUGGAACCUGGCAGACGAUCAGUUUCUCAUGAGAUCCAGUCGAUACAGAGCUCACAAGUUGAAGCUGAGGCCAGAAAGAAGAAUAAAGAGAUAGCUGCAAAGGCUGUAAGGGGAAAUUCUGGAAGAGUUCAUGUUCCCUUGAAAACCCUCCUUGCUGAGGCGAACUUUGAGAACCCAAAGGUAACAAAUGCCCAAGAGCAUGACAAACCAUUGGAGGACAACAAAAGUCGGGCCUUGCAGGAUGAGGGAUGCACAGCAAAGGCCUGGAGUUCCAAAAUAGCUUCUGAGAGGCCUACUGAGUCCUCUCUUAGUCAAGCAGAUUACAGAGAAUGGAAUUCUCCUGCGAGGCUUCCUGUCAAUAAGAACCAGAAGAAGAGAGUUAAAGGAAAACAACCAUGGAUACCAUUUAUUUGCUGCCAAUCCAUUUACUGAAUCUGUUGUGCCCCGUGGCUGCUCUCUCAUAGGCUGGUCAGAUCAUCUUGAGUGGAGCAGUAGCCUCACCACUUGGCUUACUGCUGUUGCAAUAUAGAACCAUUAUUCUUCGAGUUCUGAUAUUGCAGAUUUGGAUGUAGUCUUAUUUGCUGAUAUCUGUAAGUAUUUAGCUUUGUUGGUGAUUUGGUGUUCCCUUUCCUUUCUGGCUUUUGUAUAGUGUUAGCAUCAGAACUUCUACUAUGUCGUCAAUUAGCGCAAUUUUGAUGCUAAUGGUCAAGUUAGUACAAGGUAUCAUAUCCUUGGAUAGGCAUCUUUUGAUGUUGUUUCAAUUAAACCAAAUUAUGAAUGGUUUACCUUGUUAUUUCAUAUUUAAUAAUCGAUCACCUUUCUUCUGCCUUCCUACA